ACGGUUCGAACGCCGAACGCGGGCCCCCUCGGUUAAAUUUUUUUUAACCAAACUACAAAACUAUAACCACACACUCACACUCACGCACACACACAUAUACACACGGCUCACGGCACACGAACACCGCACGACACGAUGGCCGCGCCGCUCGUAUGUACGCGAUUUAGUGACAAUUACGAACUUAAAGAGGAACUCGGAAAAGGGGCAUUUUCUGUUGUAAGAAAAUGCAUUCAAAAGCACACAGGAUUGGAAUUCGCCGCAAAAAUUAUAAAUACGAAAAAAUUAUCAGCCCGAGAUUUUCAAAAAUUAGAGAGGGAAGCAAGAAUAUGCAGGAAAUUACAGCAUCCAAAUAUAGUGAGAUUACACGACAGCAUUCAAGAGGAACUAUUCCACUACCUCGUGUUCGACCUUGUGACAGGUGGCGAGUUAUUUGAAGACAUCGUAGCAAGAGAGUUCUAUAGUGAAGCUGACGCAUCGCAUUGCAUUCAGCAAAUACUGGAAAGUGUAAACCACUGCCACACGAACGGAGUAGUACACAGGGAUCUAAAACCGGAAAACUUGUUAUUGGCAAGCAAAGUCAAAGGCGCUGCGGUCAAGUUGGCCGAUUUCGGAUUGGCCAUCGAGGUUCAGGGCGAACAACAAGCGUGGUUUGGUUUUGCCGGAACUCCAGGCUACCUGUCACCAGAAGUACUGAAGAAAGAACCAUAUGGAAAACCUGUCGACAUAUGGGCUUGCGGUGUAAUACUUUACAUAUUGUUGGUUGGAUACCCACCGUUCUGGGAUGAAGAUCAACAUAGAUUGUAUGCCCAAAUCAAAGCUGGCGCUUAUGACUAUCCGUCGCCUGAGUGGGAUACAGUUACACCAGACGCAAAAAAUUUAAUUAAUCAAAUGCUAACUGUGAACCCCGCUAAACGGGUCACAGCAGAUGCUGCACUCAAACACCCAUGGAUUUGCUAUCGUGAGAAAGUUGCUUCGGCUGUACACAGACAGGAAACGGUCGACUGCUUGAAGAAGUUCAACGCCAGACGAAAAUUAAAAGGUGCCAUUUUGACGACAAUGUUGGCUACAAGGAACUUCUCCAGUAAGUAUGAUGUACACGGUCGCAGUAUUGCAACCAACAAAAAAGGAGAAGGUUCUCAAGUGAAAGAAUCAACUGAAAGCAAUACAACAUUGGAAGAUGAUGAUGUCAGAGAGGACAAAAAAGGGACUGUGGACCGGAGCUCUACAGUAAUUGCCAAAGAUGCGGAAGGGAACGUCGGCACGCCGCCACCGUCACCGGCGUUGUCGUCCUCUUCCGUUGGUAGCGUGCUGGGCUGCUUCAAGAGCUCCUCGUCCACAUCUUUCGGAUCCAAGACAAAUAAUAAACUGUCUAUAGUCGUCACCGCCAACCCCCAAAAUGUCAUGGCUCAAGCACGCAAACAAGAAAUCGUUAAAAUCACAGAACAACUUAUUGAAUCGAUCAACAAUGCUGAUUUCGAAGGAUAUACGAAAAUUUGCGAUCCGCACAUGACUGCAUUUGAACCAGAAGCGCUUGGAAACCUAUUGGAAGGCAUGGAAUUUCAUAAAUUUUACUUCGACCAUGAAUCCGUUUUGACAGUUUUAGGUAAGAAUCGAGGCAUUAAUACGACAGUGUUGAACCCUACUGUGCAUUUACUUGGUGACGAUGCAGCUUGCAUUGCAUACAUUAUACUCGUACAAUACAUCGACAAACAAGGAGUUCCUAGAUCGCACCAGUACGAAGAGACCAGAGUGUGGCACAGGCGUGACAAUAAAUGGCAAAACGUACACUCGCAUCGGUCAGCAUCGGUAGCAUCCACCAGCAGCGCGUUUUCACCGUCCGCCAUCAGUAAAUAGCCGAUUACCAUCGAUAAUACAUCGAUGGUCAUACAGAACAAACGAAGAGGCCCACUAUAAUAACAAUGUUUUUGUUCCUUUAUUUCCUUUCUUUCUUUCUUUCUAUCUUGUUUUUUUUUUCAUUUUGACUGAUUUUAAAGUUGAUAAUAUCGUUAUAUUAUAUAUAUUAUCUACGGUUAUAUAUGCGCGUGUGUAUGUAUGUAUAUAUAUAUAUAUAUAUAUAUAUAUAUAUUACGAAACACGAAUAACAUAUAAAAUACUGCAGUACGGUUGAAAUUCUGUUAACAAAUAAGUGAGCAACAGAGCUAUAUUUAAAGACAUAAAGAAAAAUAGUUCAAAAUUGCUAGCCAAAAAUAUAAUACAAUAUUAAAAUGUAAUCAAGUUACAUGUGAAAAAAAAAACAAAAUUAAAACGCACUUAUAAUUAUUAUGGAAAUUCAAAAGAUUUGCACAUUAUGUAAGAUGUCAAGAUUCAUGACAAUUUUUUCAGUAAUUUUGGCGUGGGCAUGCCAUAUUUUUAACUUAUAUCCAUUUUUAGUAGUUAUACCCAUCUAUAUAUUUAAUAUAUUUAUUAUAUAUACAAUAAUAAAUAUUACUCGUAGUCAAUUAAAAAAUACCAAUUAUUUAUUAAAUUUAAUUGACUUUUUUCAAUCAUUCGUAAAAAUAAUGUAAUAUUAAUACUUCGUACAAAACGCCAAACCAACAAUAUUAUAACGUUUCUCCUAGGCCUAUGGAAAUAAUUAAAUAAACAUAAAUCAGUUGUUUCUUAAAUCUUGUCAUAACAUAUUUUAUUUGUUAUUAUAUACUAACUGAUAUUUAAAAAGACUUGCGCAUAAUAUGAAAGUAUUUUAGGUUCAUAAUAUUUUUUUUUUUUAAUUCACAAUCAACAAACAUAUAUAUUAUUACAGUUGUGUGUAUAUAUAAUAUAUAUAUAUAUAUAUACGUUCCUAAUACAUUAUUACAAUUAUUUUAUUUAAAUUAUAUUGUAUAAUUCGUAUUAUUCAUAAAAUGUUUUUUCGUAUUAACUUUUCAUACACAAAAUAUAAUAUUCAAACUACAACACAUAUCUAUCAUAUUAUCAAAUUCAUUGUUUGAAAUAUAACCAAUUGGUUCAUACAUAAUAUAUAGAAUCUGCUUAUACUUAUUUUUCCUUUAUAUUCGUUCUAUCUAUUUAAAAUAAAAUCGCGAUAAUAUCAUGUUUUUUUUCGAAGUGAUAAAUGCUUUUCAUUGUUAAAUAAAAAAAAUCAAUUUAGAAAAAAAAAUUUAAUACCUACUUAUUAUUCGUACAAUAUUUUAUAGGCGUGUACCCUAUGUAAAUUAAAUUGUAAAAUAAUUUCUUUUCUUUUUAAUUUUUAAGUAUCUUAUAUUAUAUAUUGUUCUUUCACCUCACACUUGUAUAAUACUUAACCUAUAUAAUUAUUAAAUUAUUAUUAUUAUUAUUAUUAUUAUAUUAUUAAUAUUAUUAUUAUUAUUAUUAUUAUUAUUAUUAUUCUAGUCAAACGAAAUUUUGUUUUAUUUUUAUCAUUAGGGGUUUAUAUAUGUAUAUUAUAUAUAUAAUAUAUAAAAUAUAAUAAAUUGAGUUCAAACGAUACCUGUUCUCUCUUGGACAACGACUAUGAUCGGUCGGUUACAUUAAAAAAAAUUAAUAAAAAUGGCAUACGUAUAUACUAAUAUACUAUAAUAUGUGUGCAUUUUACAAAAAUUUAAUCAUUUUUCAAUUUAAAUAAAUCAUUUCUUGGUAUUUUAAUAGCAUUUUUGAAAAAAAGUCUACAUAAUAUGAUAUUAUUAACAUAUUAUUAUAAAAAGACUGGUGCUUAUUGUGUUUACUACUAUAUAAUAAUAAAUAUUAUAUGAUGCUUUUUUUAAUAAUACAAUUUUCCUAGUAAAAUACUAUCAAUUUUUUAGCAGGUAAAUCAUAUUAUAUAUUCAGCAAAAUAUAUUUACAAAAAUGUUUAUAACGUUUUUUAAAACACAACGAUCACGUUCGCCGUUUAUUACUGUAUCAUUAUUAUUAAACAUUUAUUAUAUUCAUUUUAGCUCUGAAAUUUUGUUAUAAUUAUAAUUAUUAUUGAUUUUGAAUUUUUAUUGUAAUUAUAAUUAUUAUUAUUAUUAUUAUUAUUAUUAUCAUAGCAUUAAUAAAGAAAAAAUUAUUUCAACGAUAAAUGGAUAUAUCAGAUAUGUAGGUACAAGACGUUGUACGUUUGUACCUGUACAACAAAUAUGUUAAUAAAAUAGAAAAUGAUCGUCUUAAAUCAGGUAUAAUAAUAAUAAUAUGUGCGUUGAAUAGUUUAA